GCUCCAGUUUCCACCAAGCUCCAGUUUCCGCCAAAUGCAGCCAUGGCAUCAAUGGAUGGAAGCUACAUGCUCAGAAUGCGUGCCUACGUGAAGCCGCGCGGCUUGAAGCCACGAACCACUUAUGACCACUUCUCCUCCGUAGAUAUGCAGCUGCAACCGUGCCGACGUGCCGACCCUGUGGUUCAUGACAAAUCGGAUGGGCAAGAGGCCAGUUCCAUUGGUGCCAUUGCAUCCCAACCAUUCCCCUGUCGCAAAGGUGCGCAAGUUGCUGAUAGUGCUGUCUUCAUGCAGUUCAGUCGCGAGAAUGAGCGCCCGCAAGCAGCUUCCUCAGGGCGGAAAACGCAGUCAGUUUGCGAUGGGCAUUUCAAAAUCUUGACCUACACACGCACAGAAUACCCUCAGGUACAAGAGGGUCUGGAAUGGUCUGCCUACAGGUUGGCAGAUCCAUUGACAGAGGCUGAAUCGGCCUUUCUGGGGAAGGUCCUUUCGUUCGUGCCGGUGAUGGCGAGGACGUCCAAAUUGAUGCGACCAUUCCUGGAUGAGGGAGAUGGCAGCCUACACGAGCUAGCUGCCAGAAGCCUCCACCAGGCCAAAGUGAUGACCAUCAGAACAGUUUGGAAAGAUUUGAUGGAACCAUUGAAGGAAGAGAUUGAAAAGUCGAAGCAACGUCACAACACCUUGCAAGAUCAGUUCAGAGAAGCCAGAACCGAAUUCCUUCGGGAGAUUGCCACCCUCAGAGACGAAGCCCGAGUCCGUGGUGAUCCUGAGAAGUUUUUGGGGCAAGGGCAGCUGAAGGAUGUGAUGUUCUUUUUCGAACCAAUGAAGACGCUACAGCCACAUGAGCUGCAAUUCUGCUUGGAAGAGAAGUUGAAGAUGAUCUUUGAGGGAAACGCUGCUGUGUCGCCAACUGUCAACUUCGGUCAGAUCGACAGACUCAAAGAGUUGUUGAUCAGCAGCGAGGAGAUCAUUACUCAGAAAUCGCUGGAAAUUUUGGAGUUGGAACGUGAGCGCCGUCAUUUGCAGCGCGAGCUUGCUGUGGUCUCCAAAGGAUACCGCAACGUCAGCGCAAGUCACGCUUCAGAGUCUGCAGUGGCAGAAGCGACAGCAAAGGUCGAACGGCUCCAGCAGGAAAUGGAAUCCAUGAAGAUGACUCAAAUUCUGGGAUGGGUGGCUCAUGACAAGGAGACAAGCUCGCAGCGAGAAGCGAAGCUAAAGAAAGUGGCUGAACAAGUGCGGUUGCUGCAUCGUGAACGUGACAAUGCCCUCAAGAAGCUCAAGAUCAGUGAAGAGGAAUCGAAGGAAUUUCAGGGCAAGUUGGAGAAGGCGGAGGUGGAAGUCGACAAGUUCACAAAGGAAAUUCAAGAAACGAAGCGUGAACUACAAAUCUUGGAAAACCGGGACAUGAUUGUGAGCCUUGGGUGUGCAAUUAUUGAGCAGUCAGGCUUCGACUUGCGCUUGUUUCUAGAUCUUCAAGAUCUUCAAGGCACGAGCCAGUGCUCCAUUGCUCCAAGGCAUGAGCAAAUCGAAAGGCAGCGUGUGUAUGGAGAGACUCUGAUAAAGGAGAACGAGGCUCUCCGGAAGACCAUGGGCCGCUGGCAAGAACGCAGGAGAAGUGCCCCAUCUAUCCUGGACAACAAGGUGUUCCUUGAGAAGGACCUUCUUUCUGGAUAUACCGAGCAACAGGUGGAAGAGUCCAAUGAUCACGAGCCAAGUGCGAAUUCGCGCUCAGAAAGUGAGGCUGAAACGGGCCUGAUGACGGAAGAGGUGAGCGAACUGCUUGAGAAGCUGCGGGAGAGUGAUGAGCAGCUCCAGGAAGCGGUUUCCCAGCAUAGCAAGAUGUCCACCCAUUUGGGCUUUCUGCAGUUGUGCUUCUACCAAGAUGCUUGCGAUCUCGAAUUUGAGAACAAGCGCUUGCGACAUGCUUUAGAAGAGCAGGCUGACCUGGAGCUGCAGCAUGCAGAGGCUCUAGCCAGCAUGAUGCAACAACUGGCUGGUGGCAAGGAGAGCUAUGGAGAGGUCAAAAGCUCCGUGAGGAUUUCCUUGGAAAGCAUGAUUUCCAGCGGUGUGCGGAGGACGGCGGAGGGCAGCAAGAUUCGCAUGCUGGGCAGAAUCAACCACUUGCACGAAGAGCUCCUGGCAUUGUCGAAAGCAGGCACCGAUGCCCAUGUCCCAGAUGGAGCAGAACACCCACUGACUGAAGAGCAAGAACGCCUAGGUGCGCAGGCAGCCUCAGCAGUCGCGCGAAUGCAGGCCUUGACCCGACUUGGCUCACGCGUUGGGAUAAACCGCAUGUGCUUUGGAAGUUUCUGCUGCCGCAAGAGCUUCAUCAGUGGCAGCGGAGUCCCUGAGUUUCUUUCCUGGGCAUUUGGCAUUUGCUGUCCUGCGUCUGGCAUUCGAUCUAAGAUCUUUGCUGGCUGCUUCAUCUACUUCAAGGACGAGAAGGGAUCAUCGGCAUGGUACAGAGUGCCGACGUGGGAUGGCAGUCCUGCCACGUGGCGCGCUUUUAAGCGCGAGAUGUCAUGGUGGACCUCAAGCUUGAACCUUGAGGACACAAAACGUUACAACUUAGCAGCCCGCUGGCUUCUACGUCAAAGCGGAGCAGUUCGAGCCCGUGGAGAGGAGUUUGAGCCAUCAGAGCUCGAAUACCAAAAGGCUGUGGUUUCAAGGGAUCCUCAAACUGGAGAGGAUGUGGAGCUGACACCGGAAGAUCCCUUGGCAGGUUUGAAUCGUUUGCUCAAAGCUUUGGAGUCGCUGAAUGGCAAAACAGACCUUGACCGCAAGGGUGAGUUGCGCAGUUCCUUCUACUUGGAUUUGCGCCGGAAGCCUGGUGAGCGACUGUCAGAGUUUUGCACCCGUUUCCGCACACUCACAGCGGAACUGAAGCAAGAAGGUAUCAAGCUACCUGCAGGAGAACUUGGAUGGUUUUUGAAGUCGAAGCUUGGACUUGACCCUCUUCGACAACAACUGCUUGAAACAGCUUUGGCCGGAAAGGAGGACUACGAUGUGGUGGAAUCUGAAGUGUUGAGACUCUUCAAGGACCUCCACACCUCUGACCCGUUGAUGCGAAAGCCGAUGAAUGAGCAGCGACCGCCGUUGCUUCAGCGCUUCUUGGCACAAGCUGGCUCUACAUCAACGGGGAGCAGGUCGUCCUAUCCGAGCUCUAUGGCGAGUUCCAGUGGCAGAUCUUUCAGGUCUGGGGUGUCUUCAUCCAGGCCACCUUUCAAGAAACCGUUUCCACCUAGGCAGUCUCAUGUGACCGAACUGGAGGAAGAACAGGUUGAAGAAGAAGGUGAACCUGAUGAAGAGGGCAGCCCUGACAGAGGCCCUCAAGCCUUUUCCUUGGAGGAGGUGCUUCAAACAGAGGCUGAAGUGUUGGCCACUGAGAUUGAGGAAGCAGAGAAUGAAGGAAUAGACACCGAGUUCUUGAACGAGCUUGAAUCUGGAGUGGAACAGGCUGCUGAAAGCCUAAUCACGAUGCGUGAGGCUCGUGGGAAGCUUGCAGAGGUCCGCAAAGAUCGCGGAUACGGAAAGCCGUCGACUUCCAAUAGUCCCCCAAAGACCAAGGUCCAUGGAAACCAGGUCAACUCCCGCAAACAGAGCGGCAAACACCCAUGCUGGGAUUGCAAUGAACAUGGACACUGGGCUGGAGACCCUCAGUGUGGAAAGCCUGGAGCAGGCCUUGGAAGGAAGAAGGCCGUUGGAAAUGCAAGACAGGUGAAAGUGGUUGAAGCUUACAACACUGAACACAUUGUUGGAGGCCCCCAUGAAGUUGCGAUGGCUCAGCGAGAUGAUGGCGCUGAGCAUGAGGUUUCAAUGGUGCAGCUGGACAGAGGCAUGACCUUGAAGGAGGCCUUGUUGAACUCCCAGUCAAAGAUUGUGGAGCCGACCAGCGGCACUGGACCUUCAUUGGCUUGGGACAAAAAGCUCGUUGGUGCGUUGGAUUCAGCAUGCAACCGCACCUGUACUGGGAGCACUUGGUUGUCCAACUAUUUGCAGCACCUCAAGAGUGCGCCUGCAGAGAUCCAAUCCUUGAUUUGCUGUGAGGCUGAAUCGGAGACCUUCAGAUUUGGCAACGGUGGCACCCAGGCAACUCGCUGCUGGCCAUUUCAUGCUGCCCUUGGUCCCUCCUUCAUGGACGAGGCCCAACAAGCUGCGCUGGAGGAGAUUGGGUCAAGAUGGUGUUUUGGAAUUGCAAGAUCCAUGGACGAGCAGUCAAAGCCGAUGACCGUCAAGUGGGGCAGAUUCGUCCUGCGGUUCAUCGUGCGAGCCGUAUGGCAUGCAUAUGGACAGCUCUUAUGGCUUGUUCAGCGGCCCUUUCUGCGGUUCCUGCCGUACCCAUAUCCCACUGUGGGCAGCCCAUCAGCUUGGGUGGAGCAGGCCGAGAUGAUGGCCAGCAAUGGGGCCUACUCCAGGAGACACUAUCGGUAUGCAAAGAUUCGCAGGCUCUUCACCGUGGCCAAUCUCCAACUGGUGGGGCAGCUUCGCAACCGAAUGGGCAUCAAGCAUGCGUUCCUGGAGGACCCUCUCCUGACAGGAAUGUUGGCAGCCAGAGCCAACCGCGGUGUCAAUCAGCGAAUCCGUCAAGCAGUGGUUCGCGAAGCACAGAUCGAAGCAGAGGCCAUUUUGGCCAAGGGCAAUCAGGAAGAGGCAGUGCGAUCCCUGAUAGGACCACGAGGAGGCCUUCCUACGUUGAAAGCCGACCUGCUUCGACUGGCAGCCUUGUUGCAUGUCGAGAUUGCACCCAAGGACACCAUCGAAGUCAUCAAGGAAAAGAUCAAACCGACCUUGGAGGCCAUGAAGCCCACCUUGGAGAAACCGAAAGCCAUGCCCAAGGCAAAGUCGGGGUCGAUUCCAAUUCAUACUCCGGCGGAACCAGGAACUCCAAGCAUUGGAGUGGUGACUUCAGUGGAAAAUUCCUCUCUCUCAAGCUCGCCUCCGGGAGUCACCAUGGAACAGUUGAAGCAGCUGAUGGAUGCGCAGGAGCAUCGUUUUCAAGGAAUGCUCGGCCAAGUGUUUCAACAUGUGAUGACCAUGGGAAUGAAUGCACCGCCCAUGGACGCGGAGAUGGAAGCCGAUCCACAGCAGCCGUUCAAUGUUCCGGACGGCGAGGUUCCACACAUCACCCCAGAGAUGGCAGCUCGCUAUCCACAUCCAUCACAAAGCGGCAUCCCCAUCGUCUCACAAGUGGUGGCGGACAACCUCCUGCAGAUGGCAGCCAUGUGGGAGAAAGAGAUGCAGGACAAUAUGAAUGAGGUUUUCCUGGCGAGUUUGACCUUGCCCUCAUCAAAUCCUGCAGUUGCUGAGGUUUACACCUACUCCCAACGAGUCACUCAAGAAGCUCAACGACGUGGACAUCUCACCGGUCUGCCGAUGUCACUUGAGACUGGAUGGGAUUUCUUGAAUCCUCUUCAUCGUCGGCGAGCUCUCCAUUGGGUGCGAACAGCCAAGCCUUAUUUCCUCAUGCUGGCAUUUCCAUGUAACUUUUUCACUUCAUUGCUGGAAUUGAAUCCCCCUGCAUUCCCUGAAGAGCACUUCAAGCGUGGUUUGACGUUGCUACGUUUUGCAUUGCGUUUGGCUGAGGAACAGAUUGCAGGUGGAAGACACUAUAUCCUGGAGAAUCCAGCAGGCUCAAAGGCUUGGCGACUUGAAGAAGUUCGAAAAUGGCUGAAACGUGUGGAAGCUUUGUUGGUGAAGUUUGACCGAUGUCAGCUUGGUUUGCGUUGCUGUGCGACUGGACUUUUGCACAUGAAGCCAACGCGUUUUGCUACGUCUUCUCAGACGGUGAUUUCAAGGUUCUUGAACAAACGUUGCAAGCGCAACCACUUGCAUGCGCAGGUGAUUGGAGGGAGCAAAAUCACUUCUCCUGCGGGGAGGUACCCUUCAGCUAUGGCACGCGCCAUUGUUCAGGCCGUGGAGGAUCAGUUUGAGUUGGACUAUGGCAGACGUUUGGUGGAGGUGGAAGAGCCCUAUGACACGGCCGGCAACGAGGCCCUAGCACUUGAAGAUGAGUUGGAUGCUGAAAUUGAAGCUGGCGGUGGAGAACAACAUGAUGAUGCAGCAGAUGGCGGCCAGGGUUUUGAAUUCAUCCAUGAGGACAGUGGUUCCGAUGUUGAAGUCCCUGACCCUCCACAUGUCAGUGCAGCGACAAUGCAGGCCGUGAAGAGGCUUCACGAAAAUACAGGGCACCGCAGUAUGAAGCGGCUGGCACGCGCUCUGAUGGUGAGUGGUGCGCCAUUGGAGGCGGUUGUUGCAGCAAAGAAUCUUCGCUGCUCAGUUUGCAGUGAACAGAAAAGAAUGAAACCGCCAAAGCCGGCGUCUCUUCCAGUUCCCGAAGAUGUGAACGACCAGGUGCACAUCGAUCUUUUUCAGGUCAUGGAUGCGGGAGAGACCAACCAUUUCAUUGUCCACAUGACGGACUACACCUCCCGAUAUCAGCUUGCGGGAGUCUUGCAGAACAAAUCCACUGGUGCAGUAGUUUCCUGGAUCAAGCAGCAUUGGUUACCUCUACUGGGGCCACCUCGAGUUCUCGUUUGUGACCAAGGCCGAGAAUUUGUGUCCCAUGAGUUUGAGACCUUUUGUGCUGGCUUGGGAAUUUAUGUGUACUACACCGCAAUUGGCAGCCCAUGGCAAAACGGGGUUGCAGAGAGAAGCGGUGGGACUUUGAAAGCCAUUUUGAGCGCUCAGAUAGUCAGUCACUCCGUGAUCGGCAGUGCAGAUCUGAUGGAUGCGCUUGGAGAGGCAACAAUGGCUUACAACAUGGACGUUGGUGACAGUGGAUUUUCUCCUUUGCAGGUGGUUACAGGGAGACAGCCCCGUCUUCAUGGAGACGUGCUUGGUGGAAUUCAGCAGCGCCUUGGAGAGCACUCUUUGAUUUCAUCUUCAGCUUCAAUGGCAAGAACCAUAGCAAUGAGAGAAACUGCGAAGCUGGCGAUGGUGCGCCUUCGUUUUUCCCGUGGGUUGAGGCGAGCUGAAUUAGCACGAUCUCGCAAUACCACAGUGAUUUCACAACCGGCCCCUGGUGAGAUGGUUUACUUCUAUCGCUUCCAGAAGUACAAGGGCAGACAAGCAAAACGUGUCUUGGCACUUCGCCGAUGGCAUGGACCCGCCUUGUUGGUAGCUUGGGAAGGGCCCACAAAUUGCUUUGUGUCUCACAAGGGCCAAUUGGUGAAGUGUUCAGCCGAGCACAUUCGAAAAGCCAGCUCUCUUGAGCAGAUCGCUGCAGGUGCUUGGGAAGAGGCCAUUUCCGAAUGCAUUGCAGCGGCAGUCAACGAUAAGGAGCACCAGAAGGAGCAGCAAGCAAAGCAACCUCAACAACAAGUUGCUCCAUCUGGACCACAAGCAGCCGAAGGCCCUGGACUUGUGCCUGACGCUGCGGUUGGUGGGAAUGGACUUGGACUUGAUCCCUCCAACCAAGGUCCUGCUGGCGGUUUGGAUUUACCCCCGGUCAGGCCUUCAGAAUUUGUGGCUGUGGCUCAUCCUACAGCGUCAAUCCCUUCGUCGGUAGCUCCAACUCCGACGUCUCCUUUGACCUCACCAGAUGUUUCAAGAAGAGCAUCGACAGCAACAGCUUCUGGUGAUGGUGGGGAAUUGACAGCGGCUCCAGGUACACCUGUGCCUGAUUUGAUUUUGACUGCAGGCCGACGUCGCGGCCUUCCUAUGAGCUCCACUUUGGAGCGUGCACGUGAAGUUGAUGAACGUGGAGUGAAACGCCCUGCUGAAGUUGAUGCUGGUGAUUUUCAACGGCAAGCACAGGCAGACGCUCAAUUUGAACAGGCGCCUGCAGCUUCACAAGGGAGCUCCACUUUGGAUUUUGAAGAUGGUGGAGGAACAGCAGGGGCAUUUAUGCAAGAAUCCUUGGAAGUGACUCGUGAACAGCUUUUGGAAUGGGCGACGGGCGCUUCACAACAACAUCCACUUUUGCAAGCGCAAGCUUUGGCAGCCUUGGAUCGCUUGGAUCCCGAGCUCAACGAAGUCAAUGACCAUGGCAGCUGGGAUGGACGUUGGCAAUUACCAUCCAGAUCUCAGUGGGAGAUCAAAGAAGCCUUAGGGCAAACAUGGCCUUGUGGGAAAGUUGAAUAUGAAGCUCAGGCUGUUCAAGCUGCUCGGAAGGAGUUUACAUGGAGCAAACUGGAUUCACAGCAGAAAGAUGCGUUCCGUGAAGCUUGCAAAUCUGGUUGGCAGGUCUGGAGUGACAAUGGUGCAGUUGAAGUUUUGGAUCCAGCGACUUCAAAACGGGUGAUUGCAGAUCUUCGUCGACGAGGCGAGAUGUCAAAACUGCUGACGCCCCGCUGGGUGAUGACUGACAAGAACGACGGCUUGAGAACAGCAAACCGUCAACUGCCCUUGAAAGCAAAUAGCCGCUUGGUGGUGCCCGGCUAUCAAGAUGAAAGUGCCUAUGGGCUCCGCAAAGACGCUCCGACUGGGAGCAGGCUAUCUCAACACAUCCUCUUUGUGCUCACUGCUUCCAAUUUCCUGUUUGGGUGGCGUUUGCAUUCAGCAGACAUCAAGUCCGCCUUCAUGAAGGGCGAGCGCUAUUUGGAGGGUGCGCGCGAAAUUUAUUUGCGCAAUGUUGGAGGACCUUCAGACAUGCCACGUCUUCCAUUUUCAGAUGACUGCAUCUGCAAGAUUGUCAAGGGUGUCUUUGGACUUGCAGACGCUCCUCGGCAAUGGUACCUCAGGUUGAAUCGCGCCUUGCUUGAGCGAGGAUGGCAACGUUCUCCAGUUGACCAUGCAUGUUGGUUUCUUUGGAAAAAGGACGACCCUACGUCUUUACAUGGCAUGAUCAUUUCUCAUGUUGAUGACCUUUUGAUGGGAGGUGAUGAUGUUGCAGUUGCGAGCCUGAAGAACCUGGGUCAGGAGUUGGGUUUUGGUGCCUACGAGUCCGAUGAGUUUGUUUAUUGCGGCAAACGCAUUCGUCAGGAUUUGAAUGAUGGCACCAUCUAUGUCACAAUGGAGGAGUACCAUGCUAACCUGCAGCCCGUGAAGGUUUUUGCUGAGCGCAAGAAAGACCUCUCUGCCGAGCUCAACGCUGGCGAGUUGAAGCAGCUGCGUGGGUUGCUUGGUUCAAUGCAGUGGAUGGUGGCUCAAGUGAGGCUGGACAUGGGCUUUCAUUUGAGUGCUUUGCAGGGUGAGAAGCCUUGCGUUGGAACUUUGCUACGUGCCAACGCCUUGCUGAAAAGGUUCAAAGAGAAACCGGGUUUUGGCUUGACCUUUCGUCCGAUGAACCUGAAGGACGCGGGGAUCAUGGUGGUGACAGAUUCAUCGCUGGGCAAUGUUCGUGCAGAUGGCACGGUUGGUGACGAGCCUUUGGAGCGACUCUAUAGCCAGUCGUGCUACUUUGUGCUCUUCGCCGAGAAGACGCUGAUGGAGGGCAAACGUGGAAAGUUUGCAUUGCUGGAUGGGCGGAGUCAUCGACUCGCUCGCGUAUGCAGGUCCACCUUUGCUGCAGAGCUUCUUGGUGGUGAAGAGGCAUUUGACAUUGGGCAAUUUGUCCGAGGUCACAUUGCAGCAGUUCUUGGAUACCCCAUGCUGUCAAAGAACGUGGAUGCAAGCACCGAUGCUGUGGCAUUGACCGUGGUCACAGAUGCCAAGGACUUCUACGACAAAGGGACAUCAGAUACUCCGAGUUAUGGGAGCCAAAAGUCCUUAGCAUUUACGGUGGCAUGGAUCCGUGCGAUGUUGGGGAGAGCAAACACCUCCUUGCGUUGGACCAGCACGGAAAACAUGUUUGUGGACAGCGGCACCAAGGACAUGGACAUGGAGCACAUGCACCGCAUUUUGACUGAGUGCGAAUGGUGCGCCAAGUACACAGCAGCUUUCAUAAAGCAAACGAGCAAGGGAAACAAGCAGAAGAGUGGCGAUGCGGCGGCUCUUGCAACGGCAGUGCUUGGAGAACCUCUUCCUCCCGAUGAUGCGCUGCUCCCUCAUUUGCUGAAGCUGAGUGACUGUACAGGCUGGCAUGACCAUGGGGAUGUAGGAAUCAAUGUAGCUCGCAACGCCAAGAGCUUUAGAGCACUCUCCGACCGAGGUGAUGGAGAAGAUGUGUCAAAUCCGGUGGUCUACGUGAAAACCGCCAAGGAAGCUGCAAUGGCUGCGCAGGAGCUCCAAGAGGAGUUGGAUGGAAUGUGCGAAGUCACUGCGCGAGUUGCGGUGGCCUUGAAAUCCAGUGUUGAAGAGACGGCUCAAACACGCGAAGCUGUUGCACUUCUCAAUGAUCAGGUGAGGAUGGCAGAAGCAGCCUUGAAAAGUUCACCGGCGUUGGAAGGCGAUGAACAUCUUCAGAGAUGCUUGCAAAAAGUAAGCAAACUGGGGCAUUCUGCCCUGUUUAGUGUUUUCGGCAGACUCUGGAAUGACAGUUUGGAUCGACAGAGGCGGCGGUUUCUGCAGUCAGAGCGUCGCGAAAGGAUCAAAGCAGCAAUUUCCACACCACCUGUCUAUGUGUUGGACACCCACUCAAAACAUGAUCCUGGUGCUUCACCAGAGCCGGAGAAGCAAGCUCAGCCAAGCAGGCCAGGAAGUGCUUUCCGAACCCAGGUGGAAGAAGCUCAGAAUGUUCAGUUUGACACAUCGAAGACUCCAUCACCUUCGCCGUCGCCAAGCCACGAAAGGGUGGAUCAGCAUCGAGGGCCUUCUAAGACGCUCCUACCAACAUCAGACCUGUCCUUCCCUGUGAACAUCUCGAAGCGACGGGCGUCGGCUCCGGAUGUCGUGACGCGGUCGUGGUGUUUGUCUGACCGACGGCCAUCCAACGCUCCAUCCACUUUGCCACCGCCUUCUCCCACGGCGUCGCUAAUCAUUCGAUCGGUCUCGCCUUCGGCUUCAAAUCCUUCGCCGCGGUUGGAAGCUCCUGAGGUUGAUGACCUUGCAAUUUGGACCAUGUUCAGCAAGGCAGCCUUGCCUCGUGCACCUUUGCACCCCAAGACUGGACCACGAUCGCCUCGACCGCACAUCACUCGACCGGAGGAGGAGGAUCGCGACGAUCCCCUGCUGCAGGCACGUUUCCGACCCCGGGCUGUGCCGCCCUUGGCCGGGAAUUCACCGUCCCCGUCCCGAUCUCCUUCCAAACAGCGGGAACCUCGCAAUACAGCAUGGCAUUCGGUGCAGAAUGAUGCCGGUCUGAAGCCGAGGGGACUCGACGUGCCCAUUGUACAUUGCAGUGUGUUUGAAGAGGGCACCUUAUUGCUAGCCGCGAAGCGGCACAGCAAUCCUCUACCGGGCAAAUGGCAAAACAGAGAC